AUGGACGCUAGACCCCAGCGCCUCAAAGUCCACGUUGGUGGCAACGAGAACAUCAUCCCUUCGAAGCACGAUUCACUCCAUCAGCGACACAAGUCAGCAGGCAACCUCAUGUCUCGCAACGGCGGCGGUCUGCAGGCUGCAGCUAAGCGAACCGCUUUCGGCGACGUCAGCAACACGGCAAAAAACCUCGCUGCGCUGCCUGUCGACCAGCUGCCUGCCAAGAGCAAGGGCGCAGAAUCUGUCUACAACAAAGAGAAUGCGAUCAAUGGCAAGGAUGGCUUCUCGCGACCCGCACAACGGGCUGCCGCGCUGGGCAGUAAGAAUGGUCCUGUAACCACAGAAUGGAAGCAGCCGAAAAUCCCGGUCAGAAAUGAUUCGCAGACCCAGAACAAGCUGGUCGCCAAGAGAGCCUCCGCGGCCCAGCUGCACGAGUCACGUCCCUCGAAGAGCAAACAUGUUGCUCAGGACCCCAUUGCGCCCGCGGAGUCGGCCUCGAGCAAGCAACCUCGCCAUCACAAGUCUCAGCCUCAGCUUAAGAAGGAGCCUGUUGCGCAUGUUCUGCGACGUGCCCAGAGCAAGUUGUCUACAACUUCGGCACACCCUGCCACCUCCGCCGAGAUCUGGAAGCCGAUGGACGAUGUGACUGAAGCUGCCUACGAGGACGCUGUCGAGCACAUUGGCAACGAGCAGUACCACGGUCCUUACCACAGACGUUCAUCAGACACCACUGACGCUGGAGACGACCUGCAGAAAGCCAUCGCCAUGCUCGAGGGAAAUGCUGAGAAGCAUUCAAUGGAGCAGCUCGCCGAAUCGCUGGGUGCUCCAACCAUGUCCGAGCCGGAGGAGUACUGGGACGAGGAGGAGGAGGAGGAGGAGCUCUACGAUGACCAGGGCUACACCACUGCUCACUCCUACCGGUCCCGAGGCGACCUCACCACUGGCGGCGCAACUACUGUGCUCGCGCCUAAGAUUACCGACAAGGUCCAGCAAGAGUUGGAGACCGCCCGUGUCAUCGUCGAGAGUACCCGUACCCAGGAGGAGGUCGACGACGAGGUUUGGGACGUCUGCAUGGUUGCAGAGUAUGGCGAUGACAUUUUUGAGUACAUGCGAGAGCUCGAGAUGAGAAUGCUGCCUGACCCUCACUACAUGGACCACCAGGCCGAGAUCCAAUGGUCCAUGCGCUCCGUCUUGAUGGACUGGCUUGUCCAGGUCCACCACCGAUUCAGCUUGCUGCCAGAGACUCUGUUCUUGACGGUCAACUACAUUGACCGCUUCCUCUCGUAUAAGGUUGUGUCGAUUGGCAAGCUCCAGCUUGUCGGUGCUACCGCCUUGCUCGUGGCUUCCAAGUACGAGGAGAUUAACUGCCCAUCGCUGCAGGAGAUCGUUUUCAUGGUGGACAAUGGUUACAAGGUUGACGAGAUCCUCAAGGCCGAGCGCUUUAUGCUCAGCAUGCUGAGUUUCGAGCUGGGCUUCCCUGGCCCGAUGAGCUUCCUGCGCCGCGUCAGCAAGGCGGACGAUUAUGAUCUCGAGACGCGCACGUUGGCGAAGUACUUCCUGGAGGUUACCAUCAUGGAUGAACGAUUUGUCGCAAGCCCACCCAGCUUCCUUGCCGCAGCAGCGCACUGCUUGUCUCGCUUGAUCUUGAAGAAAGGAGACUGGACUCCUGCGCAUGUCCACUAUUCUGGAUACACAUGGGGUCAGCUGAGAAACCUGGUUACCAUGAUUUUGGAGUGCUGCCACGCCCCUCGAAAGCAUCACCUUGCCGUCUUCGAAAAGUACUCAGACAAGCGAUACAAACGCGCUGCCGAGUAUGUACAGACUGAGAUCACCAAGGGCUUCACCCUUCCGCAUCACCAAUCCACCGGCCGUGCUUCGGCCUUCGACUUCGGCGAGCUUGACGGGAACGUUGGCCAGCCUCACCAUGCCAAGGCGAUGGUCGAGCUUCAGGGCUAG